AUGAAGCCACACAUGUCCGCUACGGUACUAAGAGGAGCCCCCAGGGUGGCGGCCAUCCUCCUGGCCGUGGUCCUGGCGGCGGUGCUCGCCACGGCGGUGAACGGCGCCCAGAGGUGCGGCGACCAGGCGCGCGGCGCAAAGUGCCCCAACUGCCUCUGCUGCGGUAAAUACGGCUUCUGCGGCAGUGGCGACGCCUACUGCGGCAAAGGCAGCUGCCAGAGCCAGUGCCGCGGCUGCCGCGACGACGUGGUGGGGCAGGCGUUGCCGGCCGAACCGGGCUCUACAAGAGCUACUGCGGCCUCCUCGGCGUCGGCCAGGGGAUUAAACUGGACUGCUACAACCGGAGGCCCUUGA